CAACAAACAAGUCGCAACACAAGUACCAUACUUGAAUCAACAUGACCAUCCCCUCAACCCUAACCAGCCAACAAACCCGCCUCCUGGCCCGCCAAAACACCAUCACCAACACAGCCGGCUACUCCCCAGGCACGCUCCAAGCCAACCUGCUCAUCCUGCCCCACAAAUACAGCGAGGAUUUCCACAACCUCUGUCUCCGUAACCCCGUCGCCUGCCCAUUACUCGGGAUCAGCAGCGCCCCCGGAAAUCCCCACCAAAUCACCCCAUCCCGAUGUAUUCAGUCCCCAGAUUUUGAUCUCCGGACAGAUUGUCCGCGCUAUCGGGUCUAUAAACAUGGGAAAUGUGUGGAAGCCAACAAACGUGAUUUAUUAGAUGUUUGGCCGUACCCAUUCACCCCCCAAAAACAACUACAACAACAACAGGAAGAAGAAGCAGGGAACAAAGAUGGGGAACAAUAUACAGCAUUCCUAAUCGGCUGCUCCUUCAGCUUCGAAUCCGCCCUACACGACGCAAACCUGACCCCCCGCCACCACCUCACAUCCACCAUCGUAGCCAUGUACCGCACCACCAUCCCCCUCCUGCCCGCAGGGAUCUUCACCAACGGAACCUGCAUCGUCUCGAUGCGACCAUACCGGGAAGAAGACAUCGAGCGGGUUCGCGAAAUCACACGCCCGUAUUUAGCCACCCAUGGCGAGCCGGUGGAUUGGGGCUGGGAUGCUGUCAAAAGAUUGGGGAUCAGGGAUAUUGAGGACCCGGAUUUCGGGGAGAGGCAGGAUUUUGAACCGGGGGAGGUUCCUGUUUUUUGGGCAUGUGGUGUGACGCCGCAAAUGGCGAUCGAAGCGGCCGGGGAGAAGAUUGAGGGAUUGGUGUUUGCGCAUGAGCCGGGACAUAUGCUGGUGACUGAUUGGCGGGUGGAGGAUUUGGAGAGGUUGAAGGGGGGGGUUGGGUGUUUUUGAC